UCCCCUCGCCCCGCCCCCUAGGGCCCGCCCCUUCCCGGGCCGCGCACCCGCGCGCCCCGCCCGCGGGCGGAAGCUGGAGCGAGGCUGAACGCCUGACGUCAAGGCGACAUCGCCAAACCUCGCCCAGAUUCAGGCGUGUAAACCAGCCGGAGCGGCGCGGCAGCGGCAGGACCGCCGUGGCGCCUAGAGUAGCGACCCGGGGGGAGCGCGGGGCGACGCUGGCUGCAGGGACCCGGUGACAGCGUGAGAGGUUCGCAGAGUACUAGGUUUUGACAAGCUUGCAUCAUGCGUGAGUAUAAGCUAGUCGUUCUUGGCUCAGGAGGCGUUGGAAAGUCUGCUUUGACUGUACAAUUUGUUCAAGGAAUUUUUGUAGAAAAAUAUGAUCCUACGAUAGAAGAUUCUUAUAGAAAGCAAGUUGAAGUAGAUGCACAACAGUGUAUGCUUGAAAUCUUGGAUACUGCAGGAACGGAGCAAUUUACAGCAAUGAGGGAUUUAUACAUGAAAAAUGGACAAGGAUUUGCAUUAGUUUAUUCCAUCACAGCACAGUCCACAUUUAACGAUUUACAAGACCUGAGAGAACAGAUUCUUCGAGUUAAAGACACUGAUGAUGUUCCAAUGAUUCUUGUUGGUAAUAAGUGUGACUUGGAAGAUGAAAGAGUUGUAGGGAAGGAACAAGGUCAAAAUCUAGCAAGACAAUGGAACAACUGUGCAUUCUUAGAAUCUUCUGCAAAAUCAAAAAUAAAUGUUAAUGAGAUCUUUUAUGACCUAGUGCGGCAAAUUAACAGAAAAACUCCAGUGCCUGGGAAGGCUCGCAAAAAGUCAUCAUGUCAGCUGCUUUAAUAUACUAAAUGCAUUGUAGCUCUGAGCCAGGUCUGAAGAACUGUUGCCCAAUUCAACAGUGCCAGCAUUCCAACUUUGUUAAACCUACCAACAUCUUAAAUGGACUUUCCUGUGGUGGUACCCUUUAAGAGGCGGAUGAAAGCUACUAUAUCAGUUUGCACAUUCUAAUCACUUUCCAGUAUCACAAGAGAGAUUUUUACUUAUAUAAUAGUCCUAGAGUAUGCAGCUGGUAAAACCAGAGGCUACAUCCAGUAUUACUGCUAAGAGACAUUCUUCAUCCACCAAUGUUGUACAUGUAUGAAAAUGGUGUACUGUAUACUUUAACAUGCCCCAUACUUUGUAUUGGAGAGUACAAUAAUGUAAAUCCUAAAAGCACCACUAUUUUAGCAUAAUAAAAGAAAGUCCAAAGAGCUCCUAUAUAGACUACUCCAGAUAACUUCGCUUCUUUGAUACUUGUAGCUUAUUGUAAUUUUUUUUAAGAAAUUCAAGGUCAUUAUUAUUGUACAAAAUAAGCGCUUUGAUUAACACAGCUAUAUAGUUUUUUUAAUUUUUAAAAAACCUGUGGAGACAGUGAUCUUGUCUUUAAAAUAUGAUAGUCCUUUCAGUAUAAUGUCUUAGAUUAAAGACGUUGCCUUUAAUAUCUGUUGGGAAGGAAAUGUCCAGACUUUUCAAAUCUCUUAUUAUAUGUUUCCUUUUUUUGUUUACAUAGGGAACAAUGUUUAUAGUCGUGUGUACAGUGGGGGUCUACAACAAGAAGUGUAUAUUUUCAAACAAUUUUUUAAUGAUUUAACAAUUUUUGUAAAUCAUUUUCAGGCUUCUGCAGCUGUAGAUUCUCACUGUGAAUCCCUUGCUUGCUCAUGCAUAAGUGUAUUUGCAAUACCAAAUAUACAGGUUUAGUAUUUUUGCCUGUUAGUGAUUGUUUCACAUGUGUAACGUUUUGGUUGAGAUGUUAAAUGGUGGACGAGUACUGUGGAUGUGAAUGUGGGAAGUAAUUUUAAUCAUAUGUAAUUGGUCACAAGGCCUAAUUUGCAGUAACUAUUGCUGUUUUAUUUAACAAUGCCUUGUUGCUUUGUAUGCAUUAAUGUUUGGAUGUAAAGAUUGUGUGUCUAUCCAACAGGGAGCCACAGUAUUUAAAUUGACCAACCUAAUGUUACAACUACUUUGAGGUGGCCAAAUGUAAACUAAAAGCCUUAAUUAAAGUGGUGCAAUUUUGUAUAACUUAGCAUCAGUAGUUCAAUAAAUUUGGAUUGCCAUGCAAGGGCUUGCAUUAUAA